AACCGUUUAACCAAACACCACCUCCAAACAAGAGCAAAGACUUUGCUGACUGAGAAAGAUAAACACAAAGCAAAAUCGUCAGUUGUCUCCCCUCGUCUCUGGAGUACGCCGUUCCUCCUCAAUCUGUUUAAACUGAUAACAUGCUCAGCUUCAACUGAAUUACUCUUCUUCAAAUGGCUAACUCCGACUCUCCUCUCUCUCGCCGCAUCGUUCGCUCCUUCCUCCACUUCCUCGACUCUGUUGAACCUGCUCCCGGGGUUGAUAUUGAAGGUCUUGAAGUUGCUAAGGAAUGCUUGACUGAGGUGUUUAAGCUUCAUUCGUAUCCUGUUGAAGCUCAAUCAAAACCGGAGUCUUUGAUUCAAAUUUUUAAUUCUUUGCAAGAUGAUGAUCAUAGCAACAGUGUAGCACCAGUUGAUGCUCCCAAUUCAUCCUUUGCCCACAAUGACGAUCAUUCCAAGUUUCCAGAUGCUUCAAAAUCUAUGGGUGAAGAUUGGACUAAAGAACCUUGCUCUAUAGGGGUCUCUAAAGAUGAACUCUUUGGGCAAUUCUUUGGCGCACUUGAGAAAAUUCACUAUUUUAAGACGCUGCCUGAUGGAAGUGAUGACUUUUCCCAAUUCGAUAAAGCAUCACAUAUAUUUCAUGAUGCCCUAAAUGAGAUGGAAAGAUCUGGAUCUCAGGAAUACAACCAGAAGAACUUGGCUGAGACCUUAAAGAGUCAAGGUAACAAGGCCAUGCAGUCAAAGCAGUACUCCGAUGCAAUAGAUCUGUAUUCUUUUUCUAUUGCACUUUGUAAAAAUAAUGCUGUUUACUACUGUAACAGGGCAGCUGCUUACACACAGAUUCACAAAUACACUGAAGCGAUCAGAGACUGUCUCAAGUCCAUUGAAAUUGAUCCAAAUUAUAGUAAGGCGUACAGUCGCUUGGGCUUAGCAUAUUAUGCACAAGGCAACUACAGUGAUGCUAUUGAAAAAGGAUUCAACAAAGCAUUGCUAUUGGAUCCAAAUAAUGAAUCUGUCAAAGAGAAUAUUCAGGUGGCUACACAGAAAUUGAGAGAAGAGAUGCAACGGACAGGACAGGAUCAGAAUACCAGUUCCAGUCAUAACCAUCAAGAACCGAACCAGUCAACAGGAGGUUUCAGAAGUCAUGGAACAUCAUCUUCCUUUACAAUGCCUUUUAAUGCUAAUGCUCUGCCAGGUGAUUUGGCGGGCAUGCUUAUGAACAUGGCUGCGAAUAUGCAGCAGGGGCAGUCUUCUCAGAACAGACAAGAGGAAGAUGGUAACACUGGUGGAACUGAUGAGCCAGGCAUAAGACUUGGUGGGAACAUCAAUUUGAAUUUUGGAGAAAACAUGCCUGAGGAGGUAACAGGGGCGUUGAGAUCAAUGAUGGAAAUGUUUUCAGGUGCAUCAGACCCCGGAAAUCCUCAAGACACUGAUACCACACAUGGAAGAACAUCAACAAGCUAAAAUAAUGUACAACCUUGUACUUCCACCUUGCUAGAGAGGAUUUUGUUUGGAAAAUUUUACAAUAUUUGUGGGGUCACAGAUGAUCAUCAACAACCUUAAACAAGAACAGGAAUUGUAACAUAUUGGAUCUUUUAGCCAUGAUUUUUUGUUUUCGAAGUGAUGAAUUUGAUGAAUCAUUGCAGGUGUUAAAGACUAUGUCAACUACUAGUCCUGCAGUAGCUUAUUUGAUCUUUGGUUUGAAACAUUGUGGAUUAUUGAUGUCAAAAUGCCAACUAAGGCAACAAGAGAUAAGUUUGGACAUUUUCAAAGUAA